AAACGUGGUGGGCCCUGCUAUCAUUCAUAAAACUGUCCUGAACGCGAAGAAUGGGCCCAUUUCUUAAUUUGGAAAACAAAGAAUUAGGCUGCUGAAGAGGGUAAGCUGGUUAGAUAAGCUUGUUUUAGCGUUUUUAGGUGAGCUAGCAAGCUGGUUCACGGAUUAGCCACACAGUCUGGACUGUACUCCUCCCUGCGCUCCCUCUGUCCCUCUAUUGGAGUAUUUUUUUUCUCCACGUUUUUGUUCUCUCUGCUUCGCACCACAAUGAGCAGUCACACCGGGGACAACGGGCCGGUGGAAGUGGAGCCCAUGCCGGGAUACUUGGACCUCAUCACCAGAGCAUUCACCGUAAUGCUGGGCGCAUGGAGAGACUGUAGUUCAUGCGGUCUCGAGCUCUCCAAACGGACUCUCCUGGAUAACGCAUACAUUACCUGGACCGAAAUCGCCCUGUUUUUCUUGUGCGCCUUUUUGUGGACGCAGGUCAGGCGGGCACUGACAGAAAGUCUGUUUCAGCCUCUAGCACAGUGGUGCAGGCUGCUGCCCAAAGAUGCUGCCAAGAUGCCGGAGAGCGCGUGGAAGCUGGUCUUCUACACCAUGUCGUGGUCAUACAGCACCUACCUGCUCUUCUUCACCUCCUACUCCUUUUUCCACGACCCGCCCUCUGUCUUCUACAACUGGAAGAGUGGUAUGUCAGUGCCUGCAGACAUCGCCAUAGCCUACCUGAUCCAGGGCAGCUUCUAUGGCCACUCCAUCUAUGCUACGGUCUACAUGGACGCAUGGAGGAAGGACUCUGCUGUCAUGGUGGUGCACCAUAUCAUCACGCUGGCACUCAUCAUCUUCUCCUAUGCCUUCAGAUACCACAACGUAGGGAUCCUGGUGUUGUUCCUCCACGACAUCAAUGACAUCCAGCUGGAGUUCACCAAGCUCAACAUCUACCUGAAGUCCAGAGGAGGAGGCUAUCACCUGCUCAAUGACGUGCUGUCCAACAUGGGCUCCGUCAGCUUCAGCAUCACCUGGUUCUGGUUCCGUCUCUACUGGUUCCCUCUCAAAGUGCUGUACGCCACAUGUGUGUCCAGCCUCCAGUCUGUCCCCAACAUCCCCUUCUACUUCUUCUUCAACGCUCUCCUCCUGGCGCUGCUGCUCAUGAACAUCUACUGGUUCUUGUUCAUUGUGGUUUUCGUAGUGAAGGUGCUAAAGGUAAAGGAGGUGAAUGAUGUCAGGGAGUACGAGGACGAAGACGGCAGCAAGGCGGCAGCCGGCCUGCUUAAAGAACCUCAGGCAGCAAACAACGAUGAUGAUGCUGGACAUCAUAACUCUGCCGAGGGGAAGCACGUGCAAAACGGGAUCACCAAGGAGAAGCAUCUAUAACAGGCUCUCCGUCGCCACCACCUGGCACUAGGCUACAAAUACAAGCAAGACAAGACGCCCUCCUUGGACGGCUCACGCUCAAAAAACGUGGCUGAAGGGAAGAGUGUCACAAAAAGAAAUAUGGAAGGAAAAUAGCAAGUUAGGCUGCAAUGAGUUUUUACUCUUUUUUGUUUUAGAACAUUUCAUUUCAUCGCUGUCGAUUUGUUUUGUUUUUAUUAGAGCACUGUGAAUGUUAUUUCAGGUGACUUUUUGUCUUAUUGUUGCUAACUUUACAUUUGAUAGAUUCAGUAGAGACAAAAACCAGUUUGAGUUAGAGUUGGACUGUGAUUGUCACGUACAGUAGUAAAGGGUGUCAUAAUCAUCGCCGUCACCCUGAACUGCGCCGCAGCACCCAAACAAGGGAACAGGAUUAUAGGCCCGUAGUGGUUCUGUAGACAUUUAGACCGGCAGUAACCUCUAGCAAGGAAGCAAUAUGCUAAAACUAUAGGGGUGAGCUGCGUUUGCCGUCAGUAAAUAAUGAAUUCCUCUCCUACUUUAACCUCCGUCCAUCCUCUCUGACUCCAAACAUGAAGAGAAAAGGCUAAAAAUCAUGUUCUCAGUAUCAUUUUUCAUGGCUGCAGUGACGCAGCAGAGCCCGCCUGGGGUUGUCUGCUGCAGUUUUACCACAUGUAUUGAUUUUCAUAUCAUUGCACAAGUCAGUGGUGGCGACCACACAGCUCUGGCAACCAUCAGUUCGAAGUGAAAAGCCACAUUGUGGCGCGUGUAGGUAUGUGCGUGUGUUAGGUGUUUCAGGAUGGAUGUAGCCGAAUCUUUUAAACUCAAAACCCUUCACAACAUUUCACCUCUCAGUUUGGUCUCUUGUACUGAUGAUCAAGGCAUUGGGAAUAUUUAAUUGUACGGAAAAAGCUUCUUUUUUUUUUUGUCUUUGCUGCGUGUGUGUUGCAAAGCAUCUGUUGCUGCACUGACAUGAAGGCAUACAAGCUGGUUGCUGGUUUAAUGACAGCAAAUAGCUAGAAUUGAUUGACUGGGUUUCAGUAUCAUCCUCAUCAUUUAAUUUGUUUCAACAAUAUGAAUUUGAUUAACAUUAAUAACCAGUUUAAGGGUGGUGGCGGCUAUCGGGUUCACAGAAAAUUGGAACAAUAGCCCUGAACUUGUGUAAAGAUAAAAAUCAGUAUGAUAAAAAAAAAAAAAUAUUAUGUAUGCACACAUUAUGGUAUUCAGGAAUGCAUGACAUCGAAUGAUUUUGGAAAUAUGCUAUGAAAUUGUCUUAAAAACAAUGAAGAAAAAAAUACUCUAGCUAUGUAAUCAUAAUGUCUUUAUUACUGUCUAAAAAUCAUCCGAAAAGUGAUCUUUCUUUGAAGCAGCAGUGACCACCGAGCACACGUAACAUGAGCAAGCACAUACAAACCGGUGUGUGAUCAACCCUCAUGUGACAUUUAAAUGUGGGUACUUUAAGAUAUAUAGACGACAGUUAAAUGGUUUCCCUGGAUACACUCGGGUUUACUGUGUGUGUGUGUUUGUGUGGACGCACUGCUGCUGCACCUGCAGAAAAUAAGGGAUGUUUCUAUUCUUCCUACCUUCUCGAUCAAAUUCAAGCUCUUGUUUCGAUGAACGGCAUGCUUGUGCUGCUGGAGCGGGCCGCAGAUGUGCUGUUUUAGUUUAUGUUUGUCUUCCACAAUCCCCACAUCUGCACGUGUGGGGAAUUAAAACUAACUUUUUAAUUUUACAUGAAACUAUUACUAUUAUUGCUGUAGAUCAGGUUAUCAUUGAUGAUUUGGUUUUUUUUUUUGAAUUGCUGCUGUUUUUUUUCCUCUGAGAGCACUGUUGGUAUUCCAGUUUUGUUGUUUUUUUUUCCAGCUAUGUACGAAUCAGUGAUCGUCUGCUCAGAUCAGAUAAUUUCCAGGGAGAGUUGUUUUGUUCAUCUGCAUAACAAACAUCUGGAUUUAGUUUCAGAUCUCUUCCGUUUUUUAUCUGAAUGCUGGCUUAUACUCAUCUUACUGUAGUCAUUAUACACCUGUACUGUAAAGUAACAUGGUUUAUCAGACAUGUUGCUGUGUAAUAUAUCAGACAUUCGGA